AAGUAGUACUUGUAUCAAAUGGCUUCCUCCUUCAAAGCAUUUUUGAACAGUCCGGUUGGCCCUAAAACAACUCACUUUUGGGGACCUGUUGCAAAUUGGGGAUUUGUUGCUGCUGGGUUGGCUGACAUGAAUAAACCUCCAGAAAUGAUCUCUGGCAACAUGACAGCAGCAAUGUGUGUCUACUCUGCAUUAUUCAUGAGAUUCGCAUGGAUGGUACAGCCGCGUAACUAUCUACUUCUUGCAUGCCAUGCAUCAAAUGAGACCGUACAACUCUAUCAGCUCUCCCGUUGGGCAAAGGGACAGGGUUAUCUCUCGGAUAAGAAGGAAGAAGCUUCACCACAGUGACUCAAUGCUAGCACGUUCUGAAUGUAGCAACUUGAAGAGAUUUUUCCAUUUGAAUUUGCGUAUUUAUGAAUAAUUGAUUGUAAGAAAUGCUCGUGGAAACUGAGAGGUUGAGAUUAUCCAAGUUUGUUUGAUCUGGGGAGGGUUUGAAUGGAAGGUCUAAACAAUUAGUCAAUUAGUUAAAGGCAUAUAUGGGUGGGUUUUGUAUGUAUCUGCCCCAGAAGCAUUUUAACUUCGAAGAAUUUGUCCAUAGCUGAAAUUCACUUCCAAGACUGGGAGGUGAAAAUUGGACUCGACUAUAUGAUUUGGACCUUCAUAUUUAUGUGAAUGAACGUUCAUAGGUCCAAUUCUUUCUUCAAGUUGCUAUUAA